AUGUGCACGCAAAAGACCAACUUUCUCAAUCCACUGCUGAAAGCUAAAAUUAUCCGCCUUCUACGUGAUUUCGGUAACAAGAAGGACGUGGAACGCUACGCACGUUAUGUAAUGCAACGGCAGAGGAGUAGGAGCAGCACGGAACUACCGAGGGUCCUCUCGAGUGCAUUCCUACCAGAGAAGGAAGAGGACAAGGAGAAAAGUCGACUUGAUCGCAUAACCAAAGGCCAACAUUUCCAAGAGUUGAAACAUACCAUGCCGGAGCUCUUCGAUCCCGAGAGGUCCCAAGAGAUUUCGGAACUGCAGCGGUUGUCCAUUGCUCAUGCUGAAGAUAGUCGUCAUCGACUCUACCAGCAGUUCUACUCCCCUGAGGCUGCAGUUGCCUAUCUGGCUCAUCGAUUCCCUCCGGCUUAUGCUGUGAAUUUUCGAGUACUUCACGAGGUUAUGAAGAGAUGUCCAGACUUCAAACCAACAUCCAUACUGGAUUAUGGCUCGGGUCCAGCACCAUCAGUGUGUGCCGCAGCAGAUGUAUGGGGACAGAGGCUGAUCAAACGGGUCAUCUGUGUCGAACCGAGUUUACACAUGAAGCAGAUGGGCAAGUACAUACUCUCCGAUUACUCUGCUAACGUCGAGUGGAGCUCUCAACUGUACGAUGGCAAGAAUCAGAGGCAAAGUAUCAUUACUGUUAGCUAUGUUCUGAUGCACCUGAAGGGACAGGAGGCCCGCGAUCUGCUGAUACGGAAUCUAUGGAACCGGUUAGAAGACGGAGGAGUGUUGGUCGUCAUCGAGGCCGGGACGCCGACUGGUUUCCGAUUCAUCCAUCAUAUUCGAGAGUUGUUCAUUAUGCAGCUCCCGAAUAAAGCUUUUCACUUCGUGGCGCCCUGUCCUCAUGAGUCUAUGUGCCCUCUGGCCACCACUGGAAGAGACUGGUGCCACUUCCAUCAAGGCGUGAAGAGACUUCCCCACUACGUUUAUAAUAAGGGUUCUCAAGCGCGGCAUGUUGAGUGGGAAAAGUUCAGCUUCUUAGUGGUCAGGAAAGGAGAGGGUCCACGACAAAAGUACAGCAAGGAAGAGGAUGCGCUGACCGCGGCCGAAAGAUCCUAUUUUUGGCCGAGACUUCUCAUGCCUCCGAUAAAGGCUGGUGGCCAUACUCUAGUCGAUGCUUGUAGUGCCCCGAAUAACUUUGAGAGGCUCUCCGUCUCCAAAGCCAAGCCACACACUAUGGGGUAUAGAUUCUCCCGUAAAGUGAUGUGGGGAGACCUGUGGCGCUUCCCGAAAAGAGUCAAUCGUCGUAACGCUCGGGAAUACGUGCCCGACGAGACCAAGCGGCAUCUAGAGCGUCUGGCGAAAAAAGCCUAUGAGAAUAUACGCGGUAAGAAGGGCCGGGAAGUGGGCACCACUAAGGAGGAGUUCAAAGAAGAGAAGAGAGAUGAGUCACUACACUAUGGUAAAUGA